AUGACAAUAAUCAAUAAUGAAGCACUGACAUAUGAGAGAGAGAAGACCAAUCCUGUCAACCCAGCGGGUGUGAACCUUGCUUUGAAGAAACUCAGAAUGGCUGAUUUACCAUUCACGAUUAGAUAUAAACUCGACCAUGCGAAAUUGAAACCUGCAGCAUUCAAUGGAUCACCAUCAUACAUCAUAUAUGUUCCAAGGGCCAAUGCACCACCAAAAAAGGCACAUGUUGUACGAGUAGGUUUGGCCAAGCUUAAGCUUUGUUGCAAGGCGUAUGAGGAGCCUGAUGUGCCGCUAUUGGGGACUGCAGGUAACGGACGGGAUUUCACUAGAGCUUUAAGCAAAAGGGCCAGGGAGAGUACGGCCGAAGGAAUUGGUGAUGUAGAAAGGUUAUCGAGUCUUUGCACGAUUGAUGGAUGGGAAGGUGAUGAUGUUGUGGCUGGUGCGUUGGUGCUCAUUUUAAAAAAAUUAGACUUAAAUAAUAAUGGUAACAAUACUAAUAAUAAUAAUAAUAAUAAUAAUGAUGAUGAUAAUAAUAUUAAUAUUAUCUGGAACCUAGUUCAAUUUGGUUAA